ACAUAUCCAGCCCAUGGGGGCAAACGACAUCAGGCUGUGGCAGAUGGAGGUUCUGAAGAGGGACUUCGGCAGUCUGACGGAGACGGUACGAGGCAGAUCACCCACUACGAAGAUCAUCGUCUCUGGACCUCUGCCCACAUACAGACGUCGAGUUGAAAGGUUCAGUAGACUUUUCACCUUAAAUGAGUGGUUAAUAUCUUGGUGCAAUGAACAAAAUCUGCUCUUUGUUAAUAAAUGGAAUUUGUUCUGGGAGCGUCCUAGGUUGUUCCGUGCUGUUGGCCUGCACCCCAGCAGCCUUGGAGUGGAACUCCUGUCAGACAACAUCUCCAAGACGCUGCACACCAUGUGACUACCUGCCCCUCAGGACUGACAGUUGUGGAAUCACAAUGGGAGCCCCACUUGUGUUGUUGAGUUUUUUCUCUUUGCUCUUAUCAGCAGAUGCCAUCAAACCUAGGUUCUUUGAGCCCAGAAUCUUUGACAAGGAGGCCACAGGUUUUGGACCCAUAUUUGAGGAGGAGCCCUUAGAUACAGUAUAUGCUGAGGAUUCUCCUGAGUCCAAAAUCUCCAUGAACUGCAGAGUGCGAGCCAACCCCCCAGCCACUGUCAAAUGGUGGCAUAAUAACUGGGAGAUUAAGCUGAUGGAGCAGCCGGAUGAACACUACAGUUUAGUGGGCGGAAACCUGGUAAUCACCAAUCCAGACAAGAAUAAACAUGCUGGAAAAUAUGUGUGUGUGGCCAAGAAUGUUUAUGGCACAGUCAUCAGCAAAGAGGCCACUGUGAGGUUUGGAUUUCUGAACCAAUUUCCUACUGAUGAGAGAGAGACUGUGUAUGUUAAAGAAGGACAGGGGGCUGUCCUCCUGUGUGAUCCACCCUCUCGCUACCCAAAUGAGGUGAUGUACCGAUGGAUCUACAAUGAUUUCCCCAACUUUAUUAUCCCUGAUCAGAGGCGCUUUGUGAGUCAGACAACAGGCAACCUCUACAUUGCUAAAGUAGAGGCCUCUGACAUUGGCAACUACUCAUGUUUUGUGUCCAGCCCUACCAUUGGCAAAAGUGUCUUCAGCACACCCAUCGCUCUGGUGCCAGAGAUAGAAAAGGAAGUUCAUCGAUAUCCAGCAGACAUUCGAGUCAGAUUUCCAAAGACAUAUGCCCUGGUUGGGCAAAACAUCACAUUGGAGUGUUUUGCCCUGGGAAACCCUCUUCCACACAUCCGCUGGAGGAAGCUGGAUGCUGAUCUGCCACCCAACUAUGAGGUAAGCAUGAAUGGUGCUCUGCUACACCUCAUCAACGUGCAGUAUGAGGACGAGGGUAGCUAUGAAUGUGAGGCCCUCAACGUCAAGGGCAUGGACUGGUACCGCCAGUGGCUUUAUGUGGAGGGUGCUCCAGAGUGGGCAGAGCAUAUCAAUGACACAGAGAAAGAUGUUGGCAGUGAGCUUACUCUUUCUUGCAUGGCUGUGGGCAAGCCAUUACCAUGGAUCCGGUGGUUGAAGGAUGGCUAUUCAUAUGGCAAAGGGCAGCUGAAGUUCUCCAGUCUCACUUUUGAAGAUUCAGGAAUGUAUCAGUGCGUCGCUGAGAACAACUGGGGAACCAUCUACGCUAAUGCAGAGCUGCGUGUGGUCUCUUGUGCACCUACAUUCAUUUACAACCCAGUAAAAAAGAUUUUGUUGGGGGCUGAAAAUGGGCGUGUGGUGAUUGAGUGCAAACCACGAGCUGCUCCAAAGCCAAAGUUUAUUUGGAAACGUGGCUCUGAAACACUCUCCAACUCAUCCCGUAUAUUUGUUUGGGAUGAUGGAAGUCUGGAGAUUCUGAAUGUGACUAAGACUGAUGAUGGUUUAUACACAUGUUACGCUGAGAAUGACCGUGGAAGGGCCAACAGCACAGGGAGCCUUAGUAUCAAAGAGGCAACUAAGAUCACUUUAGCUCCAUUAGAUGUGGAGGUGACUGUGGGUGAGAAUACAGUCCUUCAGUGCUCUGCCUCAUAUGACCCUAGCUUUGAUAUCACCUUCAUCUGGUCAGUGGACUCAUACAUUAUCAACUUUGCCACUGACUAUGAGCACUAUGAGCAGCUGGUGAAUCAUGAGUCCAGUGGACACCUGCUGAUUAAAAACAUUCAAGUUGGACACGCAGGCCACUACACCUGCACAGCACAGACCAUUGUUGACAAUGCAACAGCUUCUGCUAACCUCUAUGUCAAAGCUAGGCCUGGUCCUCCUGGAGGGGUGCGUGUGGAGGAGAUCAGAGACACAUCAGUGAAGUUGGUUUGGAGUCUGGGCUCAGAUCAUAGUAGUCCACUCAUCCAGCACAUUAUUGAAACCAGAGACUUCUACUCCCUAGACCCAGAGGACUGGAAAACUGCAGUGACAUCUCCUGUGUUCCUGGAUGGGAAAGCUGAUACAGCCAAGGUCACUGACCUGUAUCCUUGGAUGGAGUAUGAAUUUCGGGUAUAUGCCAUCAAUGAUCUGGGAGCAGGAGAGUGCAGUGUGCCCUCGAUCAAAAUUAAAACCUGGGAUGCCAUUCCCACCAUGGCUCCCACUGAUGUAAAUGGUUAUGUAGGCUUGAACGGAGAGCUCAUAGUGACUUGGACACCCAUGAAGCCCCAGUACUUUUUUGGUAAGAAGUUUGGCUAUAUAGUAGGUUUCAAGCCCCAUGAGGACUACGAAUGGAAGUGGUCAACGGUGGCUGAUCCAGAGUCGAGACGCUACGUCUACAAGGACGGCAUUAUACCCAACACUGAGAUACAAGUCAAAGUGAAAGGUUACAACAACAAAGGAGAGGGACCAUACAGCCUGACCAAAGUGGUGUUCUCAUCUGAGAGCGCCCCCUCGGAGGCACCACUGGAUGUUUAUGCCCGCCAGGUUACCUCCACUGAGGCUCUAGUGUGGUGGCUACAAGUUUUUCAAGUUCCUCCUCACUGGGUAGAUGGCUACCAGAUACGCUACUGGAGGAAAUAUGAUGACAAUGAGGCAGCAGCCUCUCGUGUUCUGGUCCACAGCUCAGUUAACCAGACUCGUUUGGAGAACAUGCGGCCUGACUCGCACUACCUUAUUGAGGUGCGUGCUUACAAUGGAGCUGGACUUGGACCACCCAGUGAGCACUGUGAAAUGUUUACCAGGAGACCACCUCCAAAUCGACAUCUAAGAGUAUACAAAUAUGUCAGCUUUACACGGAAAUGGCUGUAUAUCUACUGGGAUCACAUCUACAACUAUUGGAAUGAGUCCUAUGUGGAGGGAUACAAGAUUUUGUUUAGAAAAGAAGGGGAGCGCUACGGGAAACUGUACACCACCGGCAGGCACUACAUCGACUUUCCCAUGCCUGAAACAGGGGAUUAUGUAAUAGAGAUACGGGCUCGCUGUGAAGGAGGAGAUGGCCCUAUAUCACAGAUACAAGUGCAAGGUGCAGCCAUCCUGAACUCUCAGUCUCUCUGUGCUGUAGCUCUACUGCUGAUGGUGAUGGCAUGCACGAACCUGGGCCUUUAGGAGUCUAUACUUUCCCUAGUUGAGUCAGAAAGAGUGUAGGAAAAGCCAAAUCCUACUCCCAGUCUUCUACAAAUGUGUAAUUUGUUCAUUUCAUUAUGCAAUUAUUUGUAUGUUGCAUAACAUUCCUAAUGUAUAGAUCAAAUUAAAACCAUACUGGUGUUAGAGAUGAGUCCACAUGGUAAUAUGAAAACAUCACAGUAGACAUGCGAGUUUUGCAAUAUUUAUAAUUGGAUUAUUUAGUUAGUCCAAAACAAAAAACAACAACCUCUAAUUGUUUGUAAAAACAGUAAAAUUAUUAUUUUAAUUUACUGUUUCAUGUGUUUGUUUAAAAUUGUGUUCAUGUUGAUAUUUUCUAUAAUGCUGUAUGUAUUUAAACGUAAAUAAUAUUUGUUUCUUUAAAAAAAAAAAAAAAAACUUUUAAUAAUUUUUAAAUAUUGUUUUCCCCCUAUGAUCUGUGUGAAGCAGCUGUUUGUUUACUAAAUAUUGUGAUACACUUGUGAAAGAUCUGGAAAGAAAUAUAUGUGGGUAAAAAUAAUUUCUUCCUGUUACUUGUUUUAGUUAAUGAUCACUUUAAACUCCUAUCACAUUUUCUUACACUAGCUUUUUGAAGUGCAAUCUUCCAAAGACAAAAUAAAAGAUCAGAAGUAAAUUUGAUCUUUCCCUGCUCACAAUACCAAAAAGGACCAUGUUCAGAAUUGCCAAUUUAUGUCUGCAGUUCAAAAGAUACAUGAAAAUCUUUAAACUACCUUUAAAUUAAGCUUUGCCAUCAUUCCUGUUGACUGUUAGUUGCAAGACAAUGUCACAUAAAAGCAAGAGAUUUGUGUUAAGUAAUCUUAAUUUAUUUGUCUAUCAGCGAAUAACUUAAUUUGUGUGUUAUUUCAUGUAAUAAGCAAUAUUAGUAAAUCAUUGGUAAAGAGGACAGAUAAUGUACACUCACCAUCCACUUUUUUAGGAACACCUGUACACCUGCUCAUGUAUGCAGUUAUCCAAACAGCUAAUCAUGUGGCAGCAGCACAAUGCAUAAAAUCAUGCCGAUACAGGUCAAAAGCUUCAGUUAAUGUUCAUAUAAAACAUCAGAAUAUGGAAAAAGUGUGAUCUCUGACUUUAACUGUGACAAGGUUUUUGUACCAGAAGGACUGGUUUGAGUAUUUCAGAAUCUUCUGAUCUCCUGGGAUUUUCACACUCAGCAGUCUCUAUAGUUUACACAGAAUAGUGUGAAAAACAACAGCAACAAAAAAAACCUCUUACUUACUUGACCACUUUCCAAGUUAUGAUUUCUUUCUUGUAAAGCUUGACACCACUGGACAUGUUCCAUGGUCUUUGUUUGAGUCUGUUAUAUAAAAGUAUGUUUGCAUGUUGCAUUAUUAUUUUGAAUAUAGGUAUAUCAUGCUGAACCAUUUAAUAAAUCUCUUUGGAUGUAUAAUCAUUAUUUAGUAAGUUUUUAGGGGUACUGUAUAAUGGCACAGUAAUUUAAUUUUUUUUUUUUUUAAGUAUUACAUAAUCAGAAUACACUUCACAAGUGUGUAAUGUAAGUAUUACCUGAACUUAGUCAUUACUCAAUUCUCAUGGAAAUGCUUAAUAAACAUUAACUUAAUGACAUAA